AUUUACUGGGGAUGAAAAAAUUUAAACCGUAUAGCAUAAUCCGAAAAAAAAUGUUUGAAUUAAUCUACAGUUGUGUUUUUUAUUAUCAGAUAAAACUCUUUGGAAAUAUUUUCUUGAACAAUUUUCAUCUUAACAAUAACAUUUUCCAGAUGACAAUGACAACCUUUCUAUAACUGAUAGUGUAAAGCUGCAUCUAGUGAUUCCGUUCCGCCCUUCCGUAGUGACAACGUAGUUGUUAUGCUAAUUUGAGCAUUUUUGCUGUUUCAAUGUAAAUUGAAACGAGUUUGCUCUUUUAUAAGCAGGAUUGCCAGUUUCGAUAUUUUGUGGUAUUCAAAAAUUAACUUGAAGUAUUCUUAAACUAGCUCGAAAUUACACUAAAUACAAUUAUUUGUAAUUAGGUAGACCAUUUUAAUAAUUGGAUUCUAGUUUGAAUGUUUUACAAUAUGAAAAAUUAUAACUGAAAAGUUAGAUGUGUGCAAAACAAUGUAUACAAGUUGAGCAUUGGCAUUAUUGCUCAAAUGGGUUCAAGAGAGAACAACAAAACCUAAGUUGUCACUACGGAAGGGCGGAGCGGAAAUCAUUAGUUGCUGCUUAAGGAGUAAUGUCAAUAAAUUGUAAAACUUAAUAUUGUUAUUUGUGGCAUAAAAUAAACUAUGGUAACGCACAGUAAACACAUCCUAUUUAAUCCCUUAACUGUAUUAAUUGCUUUGGAUUUAAUUUCACAUAUGGGAGUAGUGAGUGCCAUCCAUGCACGCAGUGAAAAAGAAAUGCAAACCACAGCUGUUCAAUCGGUUGUGCCUAUUACGUCUCCAUCGUCUUUAACUGGUUCAGCCGCAGUAUCCUCAGAUUUCAACCCACUUGGACCAAUGGUUAUGUGUUCGUUUUUGCCUCGUGACUUUUUGGAGUGCAAAGAUCCAAUUGACCAUGAUAACAAUAAUACAGCCAGGGCAGUAAAAGGUUACGGAUGCCUACGUUUUGGAGGAUCUACGUAUGAAGAAGUGGAGCAUACAGAAGUUCUGUGCACAGUAUUUUCCGAUAUUGAUUGUUAUGGACCACGAACAUUUUUACGGGACGGUGUGCCCUGUGUGCGCUACACAGAUCAUUAUUUUGUGACCACACUUAUAUAUAGUAUUUUAUUAGGGUUCUUAGGUAUGGAUAGAUUUUGUUUAGGCCAAACAGGCACAGCUGUAGGAAAGCUAUUGACACUUGGUGGCGUUGGAGUAUGGUGGGUUAUUGAUGUUAUCCUACUUAUCACAAACAACUUGCUUCCAGAGGAUGGGAGCAAUUGGAACCCUUACAUAUAAGAUGGGAAGUACAUAUUUCCAAAAUAUUGUGAUAUUAUAAAACAAUAAAAUUUUAAAUUUAAUCAUAA